AUGGCGGUUGAAGCAGCUCUGGCAGGACUCCAGGCAGAAGUCAACUGUCUCAUCUGUCUGGAUGACCUGAGAGACCCUGUCACCAUCGAAUGUGGCCACAACUUCUGUCGCUCCUGCAUCCAGCAGUCCUGGGCUGAUCUGCAGGACAGACUGCCUUGCCCUGUGUGCCGUCAUCUGUGCCAAGAGAGACACUUGAGGAGCAACACCCAGCUGGGAAGGAUGAUUGACACUGCCAAGCUCCUCCAGAUCAGCAGGAGCAAGAAGAAGCGUAAGGAAGAGAGGCACCUGUGUGAGAAGCACAACCUCCUGACCCUGUUCUGUGAGGAGGACCUAGAGGUGUUGUGUCCCCCGUGCACUCAGCCCCCCGACCACCAGGGCCACCAGGUGAGGCCCAUGGAGAAGGCUGCUGCCCAUCACAGGCAAAGGCUCAGCAGUUACAUUGAGCCCCUCAAGAAGCAGGUGACAGAUGCUCAGAAACUAAUAACCACCCAAGACAGGAAACUGUUAGAACUGAGAGAGCAAGUGCAAAACCGGAGAAGGAAGCUAGCCACUGAAUUUGAGCUCCUCACACAAUCUGUAGAACAUGAGCAAGAGGCUGUUCUUUCAAGGUUAGCUGAAGAAGAGAAGGAUAUUCAAUAGAAACUCAGUGCAAACACAACUGCAUUUGCAGACCACAUUUCCAACCUAAACAGUAUACUAAAGGUGGUGGCAGAAAAGAGUGUGAUGUCAGAUGUGAAAUUGUUGACCAACAUCAAGAGUGUCCUCCACAGUUGUGAAAGCCUGAAACCUCCAGCAAUGUGUUUCGUCCAGUUUCGGAGAGAGGGGUGCAGUCUUCCCCCACAGUAUUCGGCCCUGAAGCAAAUUAUAGAGAAAUUUAGAGAAGAAGUUACUCUGAAUCCUGAGACAGCACAUCCUAAUCUGCUUGUGUCUGAGGAUAAAAAGUCGGUGACAUUUGUGAGGAAAAGGCAAAGAGUUUCUCAGAAUCCAGAGAGAUUUAUGAUUGACCCAGUUGUCCUGGGUUCUGAAGAGUUUGAUUGUGGCCGACAUUACUGGGAGGUCCGGGUGGAUGACAAGCCUGAGUGGGCUGUGGGUGUUUGUAAAGGCUCCCUCACCAGGGAGAGAAAGCAGUCCCCACCUGGACAAAACAGAUGUUGGAUAAUUCAGCUGCAUAAUGGUGAUUAUGUGGCACGAGGGCCUUUUCCCGUCAUCCUUGUGCUAAAGGAGAAUCCCAGAGGGAUUGGCAUCUAUCUGGACUAUGAGUUGGGGCAGAUUUCAUUUUACAGUUUGAAUGACAGGUCUCACAUCCAUUCUUUCAUGGAUAAAUUUUCUGAAGUGUUAAAGCCUUACUUCUGUAUUGGAUGUGAUCCUAAACCUUUGAGAGUCUGUUCUGUAAGAGAUUACGAAGGUGACCUGUGA